ACCUCAUAAUCACUAAACAGAAAUGAUAACGACUUUCGUCUCGCGUGAUCUGUCAAAGCGUUGAUUUAUUUGAUACGGGCUUUUGUACGAUAAAUAUUCCUCGCAUUAGUCAAUCCACUCUUGAGUAUUCCCCGUAAGAUCUAAGCAAUUUAUUCCGCAGCUCAACAGAAAGCCGGGGGAAAGGUGCUGCAUUGUUGUCUUUUGCAUUCCUCUUUUCGUCUUCCAUCUUGGCGAGACAAUUCUCUAACAAAGAGACCAUCUGAACAAUAAAAACUGUUCCGACCGACAUUCAUCUCUGCCUUUCUCUGAAAUACAAGUAAUUUAAAUUAGAAUCUGCAACAAGGAGUGCUACCUAUCAAUAUUUCCAGCGAUUUUCUGACGCAUAAUACGACAAUUUGUGAAGAUGCUUGGGACUGGUAAUAAAGAUAAAGAUGGAAAAUAUUGGUACGAAUAUCUGGCCAAUGCCAAGCAAGACCCAACGCUCGCAUCUACCGUACUCCGAGGUUUCGCCAAAGUACAAUACGGUCAACCACAAGUGGAAUUUCACAUAAAAACAUUGCAAAUAUUGGGCGCAUCCCUGGAGGUGGUAUCAGAGAGGGUAAAGAGCAAUGUCAAAGCCCAACAUUUCAGGAAUCGUGGAAAUUCCUUGCUCUCGUCCAAUGCAGACGCAGCUAAGGUUGUCGAAAUGUACACACAAAGUAUCGCCUACGCAUUACCUGGCUCUGGAGAGUUGGCAUUGGCUUAUGGCAACCGCUCAGCAGUUUCAUAUAAGAGAAGGAAUUACGAGGACUGUUUAAUUGACAUAGAAAAGUCCCUCGAAAGUGGUUAUCCAGACGGAAUGAAAGCAAAACUUUACGCUAGAAGGGUCAGGUGUCUAGUGGCUUUGGCAAGACCGAAGGCAGACGUUCAGAAAGCUUUGGCAGACACUAGAAAUGCAAUGUCUAAGAUGGAUGAAAAGGCGAGCGGAAGGGAUCUGGUUGUAAAGACACUGAUUGACAGGAAUCACAUGGCUCCAAGGGACAACACGGAGAAUUGUUCACUUGUCGAUAAAUCGACAAAGGUGAAGCCCAGAGUACAGGAUGACAGUUGUGAGAUACCUGGGGCCACCGGGAUCAAAAUUCAGUAUUCAAAGAAGUUUGGCAGACAUCUCGUUGCUACCAGAGACAUUCGACCUGGUGAUAUCAUUGCUGUAUUCAAUAACUACGCGAAUGCACGGUCUCCAGAGAAAUGUUAUUAUGAGUGUGCUCAAUGUACUAAGACGACAAAUGUUGGCAUUCCGUGUGAUCAUUGUGUCAAUGUCAUUUACUGCUCGACUUCUUGUCGUGAUGAAGCAUGGAAACUUUAUCAUGAGAUUGAAUGUCCUGUAUUGGGAGUAAUAUUGGAUCUUGGAGUCCCUACGAAGACUCUCUUGGCCGUGAGAAUUACGUUGAGAGCACUCAAAGAGACCGGGAGUGUUUGUCAGCUCAAGAAGCUGCUGACAAAACUUGACUCCAUUUCUGAUUCAGAAACGGUAGGUUUCACGGGCAAUGUAUUUGAUUGCUCGAAGUAUGCCUCAGUUUAUUCAUUAACCAAUCACUCAGGAAAGCAGCUGAGAUGUCACGAUUACUGCGUAUCCCUGAUGACGACUUUUGCAGUCUAUUACCUAGCCACACGAACUGAGAUAUUUGGCCAGAAAUAUGAUGCAGAUCUUCGAGUUUUCGACAAAAAUCCAUCGUUAGGUUUCGUCGCAGGACUGAUGAUAAGGAACGGUGCGAUCGCCGAUGAGACUGAUGCAGGGGAUACGUUCGUUGCACCACUCAUAGCACUCUGCAAGCACAGCUGCAAUGCUAAUGUAAUGUUUAUGGGCUUCAAUAACAACAUUGCAUUCGCUGCUGAACCGAUCAAAGCAGGUGAACAGAUUUGGACCACUUAUCUAGGCUUAGAGUACAUUAAUGUUCCAAAACCAGAGAGACAUCAACUACUCCAGAGAUAUCACAAAUUCUCCUGCAAAUGUGUAGCAUGUGUGAAUAAUUGGCCAAUAGCUAAUCAACUCCCCAGUUAUGCAAACAUGCCAAGGAUGUCCCGCACAACUCGAAAGUUGUUGUCCGAUGCUGUAUGUGCUUACUCCCUCAAAGCUAUGGUAACUAAGGUCUCUGGAAAGCUUUUGGAGGCCAAGGAUGAUCUCGUUAAACUGCUUGAGUUACUCUUUGAACACGCCUGUCCUUCUCGAGAGAUCGUUAAUUAUCAAGAUGAGUUGAUAAACAUUAUGUUUUGCAGUCACGAUUUCUCCUGAUUCCUCAGGAAUUUGUAAACAUCAUCCUGAAGCCAUUGAACGUGAAUUAUUUUGGUUUCAGGUUUUUUUAAUGCUGUUGUAUUUCAUGACCAUGCAAAUUGUCAAUGUUAUUUUUUAAUCGUUCAAUGUGAAGACUUAGAAAAUGUGUUCAAUUAAUGAAGUCAUAAUUGAGCCAAACAUUGCUCUUUAAGCAGUGGAUGUAUCAUAUUCUUAUUCGGAGAAACUGUCCACUGGAAUUGUCUAGCGAAUUUGCUAGACAAUUCCAGUGGAUUUCUAUUGAACUUCCUGAGUUUUUAAAAUAUUCAA